AUGUCAGACGAAUCUCAUAAAGAUGCUUCUCCCAAGAAGAAUAUGAAGGCAUUAGCCAUGAUUGAUAAACACAUAUCCCAAAGAACAUUACAGAAGAAGAACCUAUCGCCGUCAUCUACGUGGGUAAAACCAUCUAUGUCAAAUCAACUGUCUGCACAACCACAGCAGAACGCAGCAUAUUGGAACAGUGCAAAUAACACCUCUCCUACCCCAAAAAGGCGCAAAAUAACAUCAAGUUCUGAGGCUACCUUACCUGAGGGAAGUAAGAAUUUCACAGUGUUAAAUAAAGCUUUUGAAGUUGUUGGCCAAGGACCCUCUGAAGAUAUUUUAUCUUCACCCGGACAGAAAAGCGUUGCAUUUUCUGAUAGGAUUGACUCGUCACCUGAAAGAAUUACUGCAAAAUCAUCACCGACACCAUCAUCCACAUCAAAGCCACCAGUGAAAUCUAUACUGCGAAAUCCCGGUGCAACUCAAGAUACAGAUGAGGAAUUAAAUCAUGAGAAAUCACAGAGAGACAGUAUCGUACCUAUCGAUAAUGAUAGUUCAGAAACUAAUCCUAAUAAUAUUUCCUAUUGGACUGGCGGCGAAAUACACAGUUUGAAAGACCACAAUAAUCUUGCUGAGUUUAAACAAGUUAUUGAAGGCGGGCUGUAUGUAUUAUCAAGCAAUAGUGACCCACAUAAUUCACGUCGUUUUGAGAUAUAUGCAACUUUUAAUAACCUUUGUCGAGGGCUAAGUGCCAGUGAUCAUGUUUCUGAAACUAAUGAAAAAAAGAUUAACAUUUUAUUUCAAAAAUUGGAAACUAUUACGGAUGUUUGCUUACCUCAUUUGGAUUGGGAACAGAAGAAAUUGUUGGGAACAACUACAAAGAAGGAUCCGUUCAGUUCAAGGAUUUACAUUCAGAUUGUCCGUUUUUUUACUAUCUUACUUUCAAAUCAAAUACUGGUAAGGAGGCUGUCAAAACGCAAGACAUUGAUAGCCAAACUUUCAACCUUCUAUGAAUACUCCAUCGAUACAUUAAGUAAUUCAAAUUCAAACAAAGUAAUGAUUAUCUCACAUAUAAGUUUUUUGAAGGAGGAAAAAUUUGGUUCUUACUAUUUACCAAGUCAUACUAUAGAUAAUUUGACUUCAAUUGUCCCUAAUAUUAAGGAAGUGGAUAGUGUAAACCUAAGUACUGAGAAGCUCAUGUUGCUGCGUCGCUUUUUGGAGAAAUAUCCCGAUAUGAUGUUUAAUAAAGCUUCUUUGUGGCUGCCAGGUGAAGUGCUACUGAGAAUUCUUUUAGAUGAUGGAUCAAAUGGUUGGAAAUGUAUCAUAGCAGCUAUUUCUGUUCUACUUGAUUUUUUAAGACUAUGUUUGGAUCACGAUAACACCCAGAUAAACAUUUAUCAAUCCAUUGAAGUUGAUAAAUUAAAUGAUGUCGUACCACAAAAAUUCUUACCUAAGAUGCAACAAUACCUGAAGGAUAAAUCCUUACUUGAGUCGAUGACUUUGGGUCAGGUAAUACGAGAUCACAUCAAUUACUUCUUAUUAGCUAACAAACAUUAUAAAAUUGCAGCAGAUCUCUGGUUGGCUAUGGUUGGUUUACUUUAUAGGAAAGCUGACAAGAUAGAAGAGCUUUCAGCAGGAACUUACGAGAAUAACUGGCUCUCACUAAAUUCUUCAUGUUUUGAAAUUCCAGAGGAGCAUAUCAAAUUGAUGUCAUUGAAAGUCUGGAGAAUAUUGUUCUACGGUGUUUGUUCUGAAAUCAGCGGCAAAUUUGACGAAAAGGAUUUGUUGAUGCUAAACUUACUACGAAGACCAUUCGAGCUUUCCGAGGGUCAGCAUACCAUGCCUGCAGUACGGGAUGGUCUCUUAUAUUGCUUGAACGGACUUACUUUUACGAUAGUGUCGACUGUUAACGUUAAUAACGACGCCAAGAGAUUCGGUUUCUUCUGGGAUAAUUUGUUAAAACCUUUAUUUAUAAGUUUUUUAAAAACAUCACCAAACAAUCAAUUACGCGCUAGAGUUAUUCAUUUACUGGCACUUAUGAUGGGAGGACAUGGUUUUGAUGUGGUUAAACGGAAACGCCGACCUGGAGAUCAAGAGCCUUAUACCACCAAGAAGCAGAAAGUCAUACGAGCCUACGCGGAUCCUGUUAGGGUUGUUGCAGCUACAGGUAUUUCACUGGAUGACAUUACAAGUCUUCAUCCCAACGUUUUAAAUGAAAAUUACCUAUCGAUCAUGGGUUUAUGUAUGGACAACACCGGAGCCCAUCCCUUGAGUUAUUUAACGGAUAAGCUUUUAUACUUACUUCUCAGCAAGCUUCCAGAACAUCUUCGAAAUACCGAGGUGCUAGAGGCAUUUUCGGAUGUAUUAUCUUUCGUGGUCAACCGUUCGGUACGCAUCUCUUCCAAGGCAAAUACUGUAAGGAUUUUUUCAACACAUUCCUCUAAACUGGCUAUUACUUUCAAAGAUAUUCUAUUUGACAAGAAUAGCAAGGCCUUUACAAAUUAUAUUGCCAAAUUCAAUAUGUUAAGUGAUCGCGAAGGGACAUGUCUUCUGACUUUCCUAAAGCAGCUAUUGAACAAUAGUAAAGGUAUUAUUCCAGAGCUUUUUGUUGUUGAAAACUUCUUACUCAUAGGUAACAAGGAAGUCGACUCAUAUUUGUCAAAUUGGGUGGGUUCUACAUUAUUCCCUCCUUCACUUUCCAAGGAUGAGAUUAUUGCAUUAGCUCAUUGUGUUAGCACGAUUCAUACCGAAAAAGCUAUUGAAAACUUCAUUGACUAUUCCAAAAAGAUUGAACAACUUGAUGUUGUAACUCUACUGCACCUGGGUGCUUGGGAUGAGAGUGAUUUCUGUUUUUUCGUAAAAGCAUACCUUGCUAAAAGAAAAAAUGUUUCAGUAACGCAUCUUAUCGCUCUUUUGCAAAAAUUGUUACCGUCAAGGCCAGAGACGUUUACUGAACUGUUACCUACUCUACUAGAAUAUGGACAUAAGGAACUCGUGUCUGACUGUGUAAAAAAGAAUCCGAUCUUAAUUGAAUCUUUACUUCCCAAGUAUCCAGAUAAUCUGUCAGAUUUUUUCUCAGCUGAUGAGAUAUUGGCUUUCGUCCCUGAUAUGAAGAAUUUUAGUUCUGAGACACAAGUCAUCUUACUAAAAGAAGCCUGGGAAAAGUCUGGAUUGAGUACAGUUGUAAAAAAUUUUGAUUCUGUCGCUUCGUGCUUGUUUGAACAGGCAUUAGACGGUAGUAUCUCUAAUGUUCGAAAGAUAUUAACAGAUUCAAUACUGUCAAGCAUCAUUAAGGAUGAGCGGUGGGAUCUUUUAAAUAAUUUUUUUGUGACUGCCUAUCUAAAUGGGCGGGAUACAGGACUACUAGAUAAUUUCUUCACAAAAGUGGACAGUGAAAGUCUGGAACACUUUCAGCCGAAUUUUCUCGUUGCAAUAUGUGAUAGAUUAGGUUACUCGGAAAGAAGGAAGAAUGUGCUAAAAAAGUGUUUUUUUGUUAAAGAAAAGGAAUAUGUCAUCUCUUUGAUCGAAGCUCUUAUCAAAUCUAAAAAAUUUGAUGUACUCAAUGAUUUAAGAUCAGAAUUUAUUACAUUUUUGUUGGUUCAUUCCAAAGAUCCAAGUCUCACGUUUGAAAAGCAAUAUGUUGACGGGAUAAAUAAUUUUAUUCUCUUACUGAAGGAGCAGUCCGAGGAUGUUGUCGUGGAUUUCAUGGUAUAUUUGAUAUCGCCAAUGCAGAAACAAAUGUCUAUUAAUGAUAAAACCGUAUUGAAAUACAUGAUUUCUGAUGAAUACAUAAAAAAUGUUUCGAUAAAAAGAAUACCGAAAUUUGAUGACUUAGUUGACCAUCUUAUAGCGCUAGAAAAGCAGGAUAGCUCAAACUUGACUAUGACCAGUUUUUCGGACAGCUCACUUUCGACACCUGAGGGCUUACAAAUUUCAAAUAAUAAAAAUUCUGAAGAGUCAGCUGAAAUUCAAGUUAUGGGUACCCAAGACGUUAAUAAGAUAUCUGGCAUAAGUAACAUGCGUGCUAUUCAUUCUCCACAGGUGAAUUUUUCGGAUUCUCGACACAGCACUAAAAUUAUUGCAAGUAGUCCAAAUGUUGUGAAUGGUCAGGACCGCAAUUUGGCAAUGAAAAAAGAAAACAAGGUACCCACAAUUUCAGGCACAGAGGACAAAAAAAUAUUUGUCAACAGCAGUUCAGAUAUAAUAAGUUGCAGUGAUGAUGCCCACCAUUUAAAUUUAUUUGAGGGGGACAAGAAUGCCAAUAGGCUUGAUGAUUCCUCAGAAGAACAGAUGAAAAACUUCGUCGAAAGGCAAGAAGGAGAAAAAGAGAAUGUAAAAGAAAAAUUUCGACAAGGGUCUGCAUCAAAAAAGAGUGAAAGACAGAGAGAUAUAGCGCAUGCUGGAUCAAAAACCAAUGAUCGUCUAAGACCUCAAAACGAUUCCACUUCCUCUGAUAUAACGAAUACGAAAGGUAAUUUUGCAGUCAAAAAUAAUAAAGAGAUAAUGAAAACAUACCGUGGCCAUGGGGACUUGAUGACGUCGCCCGUAAGGUUUUACGAAAUUGAAAAAGAUGAUGGUAUUCCCAUAUCUGUUUCAUCACCUAUUAAGAGGCAGAAAAUAAAUUUUUUGUUGCCAAAUUCAAAUGUUAUAGAAAGAAAUUUAAAGGCUACACAGGAGACAGAAAUUAGUAACAAUGGCAAUGCUACUGAUAUCGUUCCUAUCGAAGUCAAUGGUGAUCACAUGGAUAAUGAUGGUGCUGUUUCUCUUGCAGGUAAUGCUACUGGUGGCGGCAAAAAUAACAAUGUCGUCAUUGAAGCUGUUACUCCUAAUAGUGAAUCUGAUCGUGGUAGACAUGUCAGAAUUAGUAGCGAUUCAAUCACUAAUAAGGUAAGUCGUAAUGACGAUUUUGUGCCGGUGGAAUCAACUAGAAACAGUAGUGAUAAUGAUGAUUUCGUCCCUAUUGAAGCUGCCAUUGAAGAAGACAACUUCAUAGAAGAAAUGGAAAAAGAGGCAAUCAGAAACUUGGAGAGGCCAGCUAAACAUCACAUCCCUAGUAUACGUAUACCUCUUUUCAAUGUAUCUCGACCUUCUGGAAGAGAAAACACGAAGCAGCAAAAAGACAAUACACAUACUGGCGCUAUUAGUACUUUUAGUGAUGUUGGUGUCAAAAUCAAUGAAGGUAACUUCAACACGAUAGAGGACAAGAAAAUGAACCCCUCCUUUAAUGAAUCGACCGAAGUGUUAGCAGGAAAAACAAAUUCAAAAGGAAUGGAAGCAAGGAAAGAUGAAUUCAAGGAUGACAUAGAAGAUGAUGAGAUCGAAUCAUCUUCUUCUGAAGAUCGCAUGCAAGAUGAUGAAGAAUACAGAGAUGAAGCAUCUAGUGCAUCCACGCAGUCGUUAAGAGAUCAUUUUCCUUCACAAAAUGCGAGGAAAUUGGUUAGAUACAUAAAUGAAUUAGGCCAUGAAGAGCUUUUACAAUUUCUUCCAGAAGAAAAACGUAAUUUAAGAAUUGAAUUAUUAGACUUUUUAAUGAAGUUGGAACAUUAUUCAGAUAAAUAG